AAAAUCCCUUAAAAAAUUGGCGGGAACGCGAGGAGUGAACUUGUGUAAUUUGUUUUAUUUUGUCUAUUUAGUGUUUCUUCGGGUUUAAAUGUGUGAUAAUGGUGGUUUAUUAACUGUUUAAUAUCUGUGAAAGUGCACAAAUGUGGAAAAAUGAAACAAAGCCGCUGGACGUAACUUCUCGGGAUCCUCCAAAAAGUCCACUGAAAAAAUCUUAGUAAAUGACCACCAUUUUACUGAGAUUAUAUUUCAUCCCAUUUCAUUUCAUUUAAUUUCAUCCCAGUUGAUUAAUGUCUCAAAUUAGUCGUCUUCAUUUCAUUUCACUCCAUAAUAUCAUUUUUCAUAAAAAUAUGAAUAUAAAUUAAAAUAAGACAUGAAUUAAAGGUCUCAGUUACCAGGUCAUAAAAUCCCUUAAAAAAUAUGACAUACGCUAAGUCCGGCAAAAAAUAAUUCAAAUAAUGUCAACCAAAUUUUCUUACACUGGAAAGUGAAAACAACCUAAUGUUAACACAUGUAUACAUAGAUUAUACACUUAAUAUAUUAGAGACAUGUAUACAAAUAAUUAACAUUCUCGGAAUGUUCCCAAAUAUGUUGUAUACUCAGAAAUCUCUUCAAAAAAUUUGCCACGACGAUUACUAGUAACAUCAAUCAGUUAAUUAUGACCAGUCUUUAAACUCUAAUAUAACAUAUGAUAUCAAUCAUAAUACUGCCGAUGCCGAACCCUCAAUUGUCAACAUUGUUGCUCAGAGUAGUACAUGUGAUUUAACUACAAGUAAAAUGCAUUGUGGUAUGAGGCAAGUUGGAGAGAGGCAUGUGCCCUAUCAAGUUGAUCUUAUGGUCUGGAGUAACCGUCUGGAUUUGCUAGCAUUAAGUAAUAAUAAAGGUGAAGUCCAAAUACAUAGAUUGCAUUGGCAAAAAGUAUGGAGCUUACCACCUCCAAAAGAAAAUGGCUGUGUACAAGCGAUGGCUUGGAGACCUGAUGGAAAGGCUCUAGCUAUUGGAUACAAUUUAGGAAUUAUUUAUACAGUUAGUGUGGAAGACAAGGGUAUAAUUGAUAAGUAUGAAUUGGAACUAGAAGUCACAGAUGAACUUGAUACUGCUAAGUAUAGCGGCAUUUCUUGUAUUGUAUGGGCGAUACGAACUGACAUCUUGCAAAGUGCCACUGAAUAUAAUUUAUAUGAUGAUGCCUCAAUAUUUUUACAAAAAGUUCCAAUGUCGAGUGGAUACAAAAACAGUCAUGAAGACAACAAAGAUUGCAAGUACAUACAGAAUCCCACACAACUGAACAUGUUAAUUGUCGGAUACGGAACAGGCAACAUUUACCUGAACAUGUAUGGCAGGUAUCCGUAUGGAACUAUUCAACUGGCAGAAGUGGCCAAAGAUGAUUUUGGAGAGUACAAAGUGUUAGACGUUAAUAUGUCAGAUGACUUCAGUGUCAUGCAAGUUCUUUAUGUGGAUAGAUUGACAAAUAAUGUUUUUUUGGCUAUUGUUAACACUGGCGUAUUAUCUGCAUACGCCGAUGAAAUAAACACGGUAGCACAUAAACAUGGACAAAUUGUUCAGCUGAUGACUCAACUUGAUCAAACGAUGAUUUCAAUUACUGAAGCAUGGGAACAUAUAUUGCUUGAAAUGGAUACUAAAAUGGCAUAUUACGCUUCAUCUGUGCACGAGGGAGGGGUUUCAGCUGAUCUAUUAGAACUACUCAUGUUAGGUACUCCAUCAGUGGAUUUACAAGUUUACCUUUUGGAAAAAUUGACAACUAAUGACUUGAAAAAAUUUGGAAAUUCUGUUGAAUUAAGUUACUCGACCAUACAGAAGCUGGUACUGAAACAACUCAAUAUUGUUGGCCAAAGUUUAGUUUAUUAUUUAGCCGAACUCAGAGGACUCACAAGGAUAGAAGACAGAUACAAGAUUCUAGGUUUAGAAGAAAGCAGUGUUACAGAAGCGAUAAAAGCAUGUUGUGCAUUUUUAAACAAAUGUCUGGAAUUACAACAGGUUAUUGAUGUAUCGAUGCGGAACUAUAAAGCUUUCUUCAGGUGGCUUUUUGUAGUAAUCGUUAGACAACUGGAUGAACAAACACCAAGUGAAAUUGUGAAAAUAAAUCAACAGGAAUUGAGCCACAUAGCGGAGUUUCUCUACAAUUUUGACAAUGUAAAAGUAGACAGUUCAGACAAACCACCUGAUAAAUUGAUCAAAUUUAAUUUAGAAAGAUUAGGGCAAUAUUUGCAAAAUCAAGAACUGACAAUUUUGCCAGAAGAUGAAGACAACACAUGGCAUAAAUUUCUUCAAGACAAUGCUUGCUUCCUUAAAGACAAUGAUACAUUUUUCUCCAUGAAAGACUUCAAAAAAUAUUCAUUAGUUCAACAGCAAGCACAUCUUAUAGAGACAGUCACUAAAGUUUUUGAUGUCGUUCAUAAAGAUACAGGAAAAUAUUUUUCUGUAUUAUGUAAUAUUAGAUGCCACGAAGAUCAACUGAAUAAAAACCUGCACAAUAGUUUGAGAGUUUCACAAGUCUUUGAUGACACAAAUAAACGAUUGAUGUCGGCCUUUUUGGAUAUAUCAAAUGGAAAAGAAGGAAUUUAUUUUUUGGCUGUCAAUAUAAAGGAGAGAUCUUGUAAUAUUGCAGUUAUGAAAUGCUACUUUUCUUCUUAUUUAGUUCAAAAUGGCACUGAUGAUCAACAAAACGAACCUACAAAUUUAUUAGAUUUACAAUUCUAUUCCCCAGAAUAUUUGUCAGUUAUUACAACACAUCCUGAAAAUGAGGAAAAUACAAUAUUUAUUCAGGUACCAGUAAAACAUCUCCUAGAAAAUUCUACUGAACUCAAUAUUAACACAAAAUCUUGUAUUUUUACUGACAGAAGUGUAAAGAAGGAUAUUGCGCCUUUAUUAGAACAGAAUGUUUAUAAAGUGCUUGAGAAAAUGGACGGUUCAAGAUUAGCAGUUUCUGGAGGUCGUAAAGUUGCUGUUAUCCUUUCAAAAAGUUCUCGAAAAGUUAGAGUAUUUGAAAUGGAAGUUGAUGGUGAUGAUGAUGAAGACGAUACUCUCGAUACAACACCACAAUCUAUUGGAAAAUUUCAAAACACACCUGAUAAAAGUAAUACUACCAAUGAAGACAAUAUUUUUUAAUAUUUAUUUAAGAAAUUAAAUAUUCUACUCAUCCUUA